AUUUUUAUUAGUAUGUGCAUUUUUUAAAACUUGACAUGGCGAAGCCGACAGAAACAUUUGCUUUAUUUGUUCUUUAUGGCGUUUGAAACAUGGAUCAGUAACUAGUUGAAUCACGUUUCCUUUCACUGAGAAAUAGGUAGCUUAUGGACGUGGAUGUUUGGCUUGUACAAAUUCCACGAAAAUUUUUCACGACCUGUGUUUGGUUCAGUCCAAAUUGCAGUCUUCACGCCGAAUCUUUACGCUGUGCCAUUUUGUUGUGUAUGAGCGAUGUGGCGUGAAAUUCGAGUCCUUCGAAACUUCAGACGAUCCUCAAUGUUCGAAAAAAAGGAAGAAGAAGAAAGUUAGAACACAAUCAUUCGUACCCCGUCCAAUCUACACCGCGAAUCCCCCGAUCGGACGGUCGCAGAUGCAGCCGCAGCUCACAGAUUCCCCGCCUUCCUCUGCUCCCCAGGCUCCCGGAACCCUACAGCUAUGGCGCUCUCCGCCGCUCGCCGACUCUCCUCCUCCGCCACAGCAGCCGCCGCGCCGAAACUCUCCUCGAUCUUCCGCCACCGAAAGCGUCGAUCACCAACAAAUCUCUCCUCACUUUUCGGCGAUCGGAAACAUCCAUCUACGCCGCCGGCCUCCGGCGACGAGCCGCCGUGGCGGAGGUCCACGCCCAGGCCCAAGCUGAGGGAGCCGUGGGAGGAAGAGGCGGGGGCGCUGCUCCGGCGACUCCACGAGGGUCGGUACCUGCCGGGGCCCGACUUCUCGUCGACGCCGCAUGCCGUCCUCCCCGACACCGUCAAGGCCGCCGCCGAGCGGUUCGGGCACGACAACCAGGUGGUCGCAAAAUGGCUGUCAGGGAGCGACUUGAAGAAGGUCGCCUUGUUUGGGUGCCCUACUGUUGAACGAAGAACGGUUUUUGCAUCAAAAAGAUUGCGAGCUUUCUUCAACAUCCAGGAAGAUAAAAUAUGCAGCUCUUGUAAACUGAGAAGUUCGUGCAAGUUUGCUAACCAGGAAGUCACUAGGCAUAAUAAAGUGAUUCUGUCUGAUACAAUGAGAAUUAUUAGUUUGUUUGUGCUGGAUGCUUUCCCGAAGGAACUCCAGGUUACUGCUGAACUAAAAGCUAGCAUUUGCAAGCUGCUAAAGGACACCAUAAAUCUUAGCAGUUAAUUAUCGAGCAUCGGGAACGGAGCUUGGGGAGUUUUUCUGAUCCUUCUAACCCACUGAUGUCUGCAUUUAUUUGGAGCAAUUUGAGGCUAUGUUUGAUACUUCAGUCACAAUCACUCAAGCUGUUUAAGCAGUGAAAUUACACAUCUGUCAACCGUACUCUGGGGUUAUCAGGAGUGUAGGGGAAGCUAACAUCCAGCAAUCUGGGAUAAGCACGGGGGCCUAUGUUUGCUUGAUAUGUCAGACAAUCUUUGCUAUAUCUGCUCUGAAGUAUAGGAGCUCUGGCUGUUGACAGUGAUGGGCCGAUGGCAAUACUGAAAGGAACAAUUUGAUGACAUAAUAGUUCAUUCCCCUUGGAUCCUGAUGUGCACGUUUGUCAAGUUCCUUGUCUGUAAAGCAUCACAUGUUUGACAAUUCCUUAUCGAGAUGAUAAUACUUGUUUAAGGUUACUUUGUAUGGGAAGUCAUUUGACUCUAUUCGGCUGGCUUGUCGGCCAACCAGCUA